AUGAAGUUCUUGUUACUUUUGACACUUUUCUCAAACGUGUUAAUUAUUGCUUUUGGCGGAAGUAGAUCAACAUGUGAGCCACUUUAUAGUAAUUUUUUAGCUUUACUUCAAGCAUGUGAAUUAUCAUCUGGGAGGAUCGCAAAUCGAACGAUCGGUUUAGCAACUCCAUUUUCCGAAGACAUAGCAUCUAAGCCAAAUGCUUUACUCAAUAUACUAGCAUCAGGAACAAGUCAAUUGUCUGGUAUUGAUAAUUCUUCUAUUUUGAAUGCUUUAAUUGGAACUGCAGAUCUUCCACUUCCUCCACCACUUGACUGCAUUGAUACUGAGUUGAUUGCUUUUUAUCCAUUUGUAAAUAAUUUGUUCAUGAAUGCCUCAUCUGCUCUUGCAGUAAAUGGUCGAAAUUCAACGAUUAAUGACGACGACACCUGCAACAUAGUCAUUUCUUACAUCACUCCUUAUUAUCAGGACUUGAACAGGAUAAUUCAUAGGAUAUUAUUUGAUAUUUUUGCUGACAUCGCAAGCUUUAAACUCAUCGAGAAAGAUGAUUUGUAUCUAGAACAAUUUUCUUUGAAUGAGACUUCUGUUUUGCAACUUCUGAUGAAUGGAAUCGCAUCACUGUUUAAUGCUGACGCAACUUUAUUGACCCAAUUUCUAACAGAUCCAUUUGCAGAUCUUCCAUCGAAUUUUUUUUGUAGACAAGAUUUGCUGAUGUCGUCAAUCAGUCAAGCAAAAUUGGGUUACAAACUUUACAGCAGCAGAUUAACAGUUCCAUCAGACUGUGAUCCAUUCCAUGACAAUUUUAUUGCCUUUGUUAAUGCUUGGAUAAAUCUGGUUAAUGACAUUCAAAACUUUGCACUUGAUGGCACUCUCAAUGAUCCAGUUUUAACACCAUCUUAUGCUUUAUAUGUUCAAUGUGCGUCUACGCAAGCUCUUAUUUUAGCAGCAAAUGUAACGAGUCGAUUAUCCGGAGUCAGUUCUGACACAAUUAAUGGAAUUCUUCGGAAAACAAUCAAUUUACCAUUUAUAGAACCUCUCAAUUGUGUUGCAGAUGAUUUGAUUUACAUGAGUGAAAGACUUGCUUAUAUGUCAAGUGAAUUCACGUCUGUAUUAAAUAGAUUCAGAGAAAGAAAAUCUGGAAGCUCUCGUGAUUUUGAAGCCCUCAACAUGAGUGACUUAUUUACCUCGUAUAUAACAGCGAUCAAUAACUGCUUAUUAAACAUGUUAGGAACAGAAAUAGCUGCAAUAUUGAAUUUUGAUCCUGCUGUCUUUAUUCCAAUAUUCCUAAACUCAACAAUUCCUCUGGAGAAUCCAUUCUCUUGUGUCCAAACGAUCAUCCUUUACAUGAAAGAUUUAUUGGUCCAAGCACAAAGCAGCUUUUUAGAUCGUUCGCCACUUAAUUUGACAAUUUUGCCACUUCCAUCUUACGCUGAAUAA